GCAGCCGGCGCGGAGAAUGGGAGUGCGGGGCGCCAGACCGCCGCGGGGUGUCACGGCCGCGGCCGAGCUCGCCAGGCGCGGGGCCGGCGCCCGCCGCUUUUAAACCCGGGAGGGCGCGGCGGCUGCGGCGGGCGGAUCGCGGCGCUCGCGGGGCGCCGGGCGGCGGCCGGAUGGAGAGGAAGGGCUCGGCGGCCGCGGCCAAGGGGAACCCGAGCCCGCCCGCGGCCGGCGAGGCGCAGCGGCCGCCUCCAAUGUGCGCCCCGGGCGGCGGCGGCGGCGGCGGCGGCGGGGUCCCGGCGCGCGGCCAGGCUGGGGCGGCGGCCGAGCCCGCCGAGUUCAUCCGGCGGGCGCACGAGUUCAAGAGCCAAGGGGCGCAGUGCUACAAGGACAAGAAAUUCCGCGAAGCCAUCGGCAAAUACCACCGGGCGCUGCUGGAGCUGAAGGGGCUGCUGCCGGCGCCCGGCGAGCAGGAGCGGGACUCGCCCGCGGCCCCCCAGCCCGGCCGCCUCUCGGAGGAGCAGAGCAAGACGGUGGAAGCCAUCGAGGUCGACUGCUACAACAGCCUGGCAGCCUGCCUGCUCCAGGCUGAGCUGGUGAAUUACGAGCGAGUCAAGGAGUAUUGCCUCAAAGUCCUGAAGAAGGAAGGAGAGAACUUUAAGGCCCUUUACCGGUCCGGUGUGGCCUUCUACCACCUGGGAGACUAUGACAAAGCACUCUACUACCUGAAAGAAGCGAGGACUCGACAGCCAACAGACACCAACGUGAUUCGGUACAUCCAGCUGACGGAGAUGAAGCUCAGCAGAUGCUCCCAGAGAGAGAAGGAAGCCGUGUAACAGCACCUCCCUGGAGCUGGAGCUGGAGCUGGAGCUGGAGCUGGAGCUGGAGCUGCAGCCGUGCGCCAGGGCGGGGACCUCCAGGCCCUGGUGAAGGGCCUCUCCUGGGGUUUGUUCCCUUCUCCCCAUUUCUUCCGGCUCCUCCUUCUUCCUCCUGCUGCCCUCAACAAUCUGUCCGCUCCCUGUGUGAAAAGGAGACGUGCAGAUUUGGGGUCUGGCGGGUGGCCUGCCAUGGAGACUCCCCUCUCUGGUAGGGAGUGAGCUGCAGAGAGGGACCUAACUUCUUCAGGGACAGCUGGAGAGGACUCUUACUCGGGCUGAGCAUGCUGUUGCAGCUUUGACUUUGGCCAGUGCUUCCGACAGAGACAGAGCCCGACAGGCACAACCACCCAAAGGCUGCAGCCCACGGCCGGAUCCCUCCACACCUUCCGGACACACCAGAGCAUCUCAAGGCAGCCGUGACAAAUCCAGGGAUGAGACAAACGCCAGAAGCAUUGGUGUUUGUGAAUUUGUACACUGGAUUCCCCACGCCCAGCCCCGGUAACCUCGCCCCCUGCCUCCCUCCCUCCACUUGUUGUCUCGCCAGGGCUGGCUUCCCCCCCCCCCGCCCCCCCGGGGGAUCUGAGACUGCCAGGAUUCACAUGCCAUUGAAGCCCACUCUCAGUGCCCUCUGGUGACCACACAUACCAUCCUCCCGUGCUCCCACCCAGCAGGCAGCUGUGACAGCAGAGGGGCAGGGUGAAGCGGGCCAAGGCCUGAGCUCUACACAGGUGACGGAGGGGAGGGGAGAGGACAUCUAGGGGAAGGAGCAUUGUAUAGCCUGGGGCUUUGAACUGUGGACUGAGUGAGUGUAAAUAAAAAUAAAUUAACAGGCA